AUCAACGCAGUCAUUCGGUUUCAGCUGUUAGUCGAACCCCUCCUUAGCACAUACAGCCCUAAGAGCACCACCACCAGCAGCAGAUAACUUAGUAAUAUCUGACGGUGUCUGCAACAUACCCGAACGUGCAGUCUCCUCCUCUUUCUGCUUUGACCUAUAAUAUUCAGGAGCUCUUGGAGACCAACAGGCUAACUGCAGUUUCCGAACUGCUGGGAUGUUUUUGCAACGUGCACUUCCAGGAGCAAAAUGAGUUGUCUCAUCUUCACAGGAGAGAAAUAAUUCGAGGUAGUUGUAACCUGUGAAGGCUUCCACAUCGUCACCAGUCCUGUAUAACUGCGGGAGAAGAGGGUCCUCUUGUCCAAACCUGCUGGUAACCGAGGGGUCUUUCGGAGAUGGUCCCCUGGCUCUCCCGCCUUGUUCAAGCUCGACGCUAGCAAGCAGUUGUGUUUUACGUCCGUAUCGUAACUGACCAGGGGAGUUGGAUAGUUAGGAAGAGCGACCAGUUUAGCCAACUCCAGUCAUGCUGCCCCCUUUUGCAACGUUGUCUGAACUGACCCAUUGUUUGGGGAUCUUGUCUUCCUUGUGUGUUUUGAUCACUGCUUCAGGAAGUAAACUAUGGGAGGUCCCCAUGCCAAAACCAGAACACUACAGUACAGGAAAGCUGCAGUGGGAGCACCAGUGCCAGUAUCAACUUCGCCACCUACAGGGAGGAGCCAGAAUCACAGCCCUUAUACCACCACGGCUGGAAGGGCACUGGAUAUCUACUGGCUGUGAGAUACGUCCAGGGCCAGAGUUUCUGACAAGAUCAUACAUUUUUUAUUCCAACCGUUUGUUUAAGGCAUACCAGUUUUAUUACACAGACAAUCGCUGCAGACAGCCAUUGUAUUCAAUUGUUAUUAAAGGAAAGAUCCGACUGCGGCAAGCAUCUUGGAUUACCCGUGGUGCAACAGAGGCGGACUAUCAUCUCCACAAAGUUGGAAUUGUUUUUCACAGUGAGGCAGCUAUGAACACUACAGUAAUGCAUAUUAAUCAAAUCUGUAAGGGUUUUACAUCUCAUUGGCAGUCAUGGGUUCCAGGCACAGUCUAUGAACUGCUCAGCUCCAAGACUGGCAGGGACUGCUCAAGGGCACUUGGCCUUGUUAUGCAUGAACUUAGCUUAGUUCGAGUAGAAAAGCAUUACCACCAGCAAGGCAGAGUUGUGGAAGAACUUUUUCUUGGUGAUGUCCAUACAGAGUGGGCAGAAAGAAUGCAUUACCGACCAACAGGCUAUCAACGUCCUCUACAGAGUGCUAUGCACCAUGUGCAUCCCUGCCCAUCAUGUGGUAUUAUUUAUCGUUCUGAUGAACACCAUCCACCAGUUUUGCCUCUGAAGCCCGAACUGCCCAUGCGUCUGAGUGGCAAAUGGGUAAGCAGCCAGUGUGAAGUGCGUCCUGCUGUCCUUUUUUUAACCAGGUACUUCAUUUUCCAUGACAGUAACCGCACAUGGGAUGGUUAUUAUUAUCAUUACUCUGAUGCCGUGUGCAAGCAGCCAACAUUCUCUGUGUAUGCGUCAGGACGCUACAGUCGAGGCAUUCCAUCUUCCAGAGUUCUAGGAGGCACAGAGCUUAUAUUCAAAGUAACACAUGCUAAAGUCACUGCAAUGGACCAUGCGACAGUCCUGCUUUUAAACUCUUCAAGUGCAGAUACGUGUGGAGAGUCAGGUUCUUGGACAGUAGGUAUCGAGCAGGAUAUAACAAAAACAAAUGGAUGCGUUCCUCUAGGAAUUAAAUUGCCACAUACGGAAUAUGAACUUUUCCGAACUGAGGAAGACUCACUAGGCCGUCAGCUGCUGUUUAUUGGUGAGAGGCCAACAGAUGGAUCCAGCCCUGACAGACCAGAGAAACGCCCCACAUCAUAUCAACCUCCACUUGUCAAGUGUGCAGGUGUGAUAGAAGUGUUUUCUAGACACAGUACUGACAACAACGUAGAAAACACUAGCAGCAGAAACAUUGUGUUGAACUCAUCUUUCAUGGCCUUGAUGUUUUCAUUUAUGGUGCUAUAUUUCUUAGCAUGAAACUUAGCUGCUAAUUUAACUUCCUGUUUUUGGUGCUAUAAAGAAGUUAGAUUUAAGUUUUGACUAUUCACACAUUUACCUUCUGGUAAAAUAUGAACAUGCCUAUUUCAGAUGACCAACAACCCUCUACAUAAUGCAGAAAAUCAAAACUGUCCUGGAACACACAACAACCCCAAUCCUUCCCUUGUUUAAAUAUAGUAUCUAUUUUUAUAUGCAAAUAUAGUUUUUUAUGUUCUGCAUCUUCCUUCAUCAGUACCUUUUGUGAGUUAGUAAACCAGAACAAGUUGGCUUCUUGAAUGGACAUAAUUUGUUGCGGCUACAUCAAUACAGCAGCCACAGGCACCAGGUUUAAUUGGAUGAGUAAGGUCAGUUACUAUGUAUCUGUGUUUGCAUGGUACUGUUUUUGCCACUUUGAAAGUGCAAUAAACACUUUCACAGAUGCUGUAUAUUUUUAGAGGGCGGGCACUCUGCCUUCCACAUCAGGACUCACCAACAGACUCAUUUGGAAAUGGACAGUUGGUUCAUAGUUGGUUCAUAGAUUAGUACUAGGCUAACUGCCCUUUUUGGGCCAUUUGAAGCCUAGCCAGUUACCCCAUGUGAGAAUCAAACCCUCCACCUUGUGUCUUUAAGGUAAACACCUUAACCAUUAUGUCAUCCUCAAAACCACAGGCACUGACUCUCAUAAAAAUAUAGACUGUGUUUUAUAAAGCCAAAGUUAGUCUAGAAUUUUCAGCUGCUGACACACCACUUUCUAUUGUGGAUAAUUUCUGAGCAACAGGCAACACAAAUUCUUAGUCUUCAUUUUUAUUGCUUGGGAGAGCAACAUCACACUCAUUCUCUGUUGUGACCCCACUGUCACCCACCCAUACCAAGUUGUGAUCUUGUUGGUUGACUAACACUGAUAUAUCAACUGUCCUUGGUUCACUGAUUUUGUGAUGUUUCUUUCAUAUACAUUGGGAUAUGUGCCACUAAAUUUUAAAAGGAAACUUGAUGCAGUCAGAAAUUUAUUCCAGGACUGCCAAAGACUGUUGCAUUAAGUUGCUCUUUGCUUGGCAAGUGAAACUGAAUCAAUUUUUACUUCAAUAUUUUUGUUUUCAAAUAUCUGUUGGCUAUAUUGUUCAAGACUAUCAAACUUGGUGCCUUUAAGAAAGUUUGUUUUUUAGUGUUUUGCCUUACUUAAAGAUUAUGUCAAACUGAAGGGGGUACUCCAAGAAUUGUACAGACUCUGAGGAAGUGGUAUGUACACAGACAGACACACACACACACACACACACACAGUCUUUCACUUGAAAUUCUAAUGUAGCUACAACAUCAAGACUUGGGGGAUACUAUACUGAUAUUAAAAACAGUCAGGUACAACACGUCAGAAAAUUCACAUAUUAAAAAAAGUUAAAAACACUUCAGAAAAGUCUUUUUCUUCAUCAAAAGUUUAAUUAAGGGCAAUGCUUCUGGUUUGGGGAAAUGAUGAUUAUGAUUAAGACAACUUUCCUUUAAGGCACAGAGAUGGUCAAAGCUUUCCACACUCCCAGCUUUUCAUUUCAUUUGACCAUGGGCAUGGGUGUGCAUCAUUACUCACAGUCCUUAUGCAAAUGGUGUUAAUGUUGUAAAAUAAGCUUAUGCCCUCUGUUGCCACAACACUCAGCCUUGAAGUUUGAGAUGGGAACAGAAAAACAGGGCAGUCAGCUGUCCAUUUGGGGUUUAAUUAGUUUUGUAUAUUAACUGCAGGUAUCUCAUGUAGAGCUGUCCAUAACAUGCUCAGGCACAAAUUUCUAGCACAUCCCUUCUCAGAAGGGAUCAGUGACACAUAUUAGCCAACACAAAACCUACUUGGCAGUUGGCUUUUCUGCUCAUGUAAACACUUCUUCAGCUUGCUGUCAGUCCCACACUACACUGCAAACAUUUUAACAAGGUAAGACUUACUAAGCAGCAACCUUUUUAAGGAACUGAAGAGGGAUUUUUUUUGUUGUUGAGUAAGGUUUGCAAUGAAAAUUCAACAGGUCACAUUAAUUUCUAAAACUUAUAACCCAGGAUUCAGAAAUGCAUUCCCCACUGGCUAGUAUAGUGUGCUGAAAAAUGCAAUGAAAAGGCCAACUUAAACUUCAAAGAGACAGGCAAGAUACUGCUACAGAAUUUGUAAUUUACUGCAUACGAAUCAGGUAGCUACCCACGGUGGUGGUGCUGCGGUAGCGUUGUCGCCUCACAGUAAGACGCUGUCCAGUUCAAUUCUCAGCUAGAGCGUCUUCUGCAUGGAGACAUGCGUGAAUGGGCAUA